CCAGGUGAGGUAGAGGCUGCGCUGCUGGCGAGGGAUGAACGGUUUGGCUUUUGGGUUGGGUGUCCAGGUGUCCAUACCUGCAGUACACUAUUAACACCUGCCUGUAUCCAACAACACCUGCGAUCACGUCUUCUUCAUCUAAACAACGCACAAGAUUUAAAGCCAGAUUCACUGUUUACAAACGGCAUGGGAACGAAUUUAUCAGUUUAUCUGGAAGAAACGGAAAGGAGGGUGCUGUUUUCAUCUUUGUUCACAAAUGGAGCCUGUGAAAAUGUACCCCCUGCUUCCCUGGCGGUCUGGCCUGACAGCAGACAACACUUUAGGGGUAAAGAGUUCUCCCUUCACUGCUCUGUAAAUGACGGUAAUUCAACAGGCUGGAUAUUGUGGAGGCUUAAAGGAGCAGAAGUGAUAUCUGGAUGUUUGCCGUUAAAUGGCACAGAAUCUCCAGGCAACACUGAAAACUGUCGAUUUACGGACAUUGAUAGCAAGAACAGCGGAUUGUACUGGUGUGAGAGUUCUGACGGAGACAAGAAAAGCAACUCUGUUAACAUCACUGUGAGCUAUGGUGAGAUAGUUCUCCUGAGCCCAGUUCACCCAGUGAUGAGAGGAGAGUCAAUAACUCUGGAAUGCAAAUCUUGGUUGUAUGAGCUCAGCCAGACUCUUCUCUACAAAAAUGGAGUCCAAGUCCUGUCAGUGAACGGCACUCAGAUGACAAUCGAGAAUGUCACCCAAGAUGAUGAGGGCUUCUACAAAUGUGCUUUUGCCAAUACAAGUCUGGAGAGUUCAGAGAACUGGCUUUCAGUUAGAGAGAACUCCACAGCUGACGCAAAAGAUGAAACAACAUCUACAGGAUAUCUGGUAUGGUUGCCAGUGCUCUUGAUAAUAUUGGUUCUUCUGGUGGUUCUUCCUGUCCUCUGGCUACUGUUUCCAGGUCUCAGGGAGAAAUUGCUUGCCUGUUUCAAUGGGGCAUCCAGAAGGGAACGAAUCCAACAGGAAAUGCCUAAAACCAAGCAGGACGUGACUGAAAUCCAGUGGGAUCUUCCCUGGAUGGAGAUGACCAAUCUGCUGGACAAGCAACAAAUUCCUGGCAUCAAACCAUUCUUCUAA